UGCAAACUGCAUGACACCAUGUCCACUGCGUUUCGUCUUUUUAACUACUGCUGACCCUACACUCGCUUCGUUUUCUCUUCUGUUUCUACCUCAUUUUUACAUGGACCUCUCCUAUAAUGGCAGCCAGACGCGUCGAAGGAGGCUCUCGACAGCGCAGCAGCCUGAAUCAUCAUCCGACUCGGACCAGGACCUUUCUCUUGACAGCGCACAACCGGUCACAGGGCUUUUCAACUCGCUACACCGUCUGUACUCUCAGGUAUCCUCAAGUGGACUUUUCGUUGCCCUGGCAGCAGUCAGGUCGCGCUCUGUCACUCUCCUUGAACCUACUUUCGCGGAUGCGUCGGAAAACCUACAUGUUGCUCAUGUUGGGGACACCAUGAUGGAGCGAGCGACGGCGGACGUAGCCAGAGCUAUCAGGAGCUCAUUUGAGGGAGUACACUUGAUCCAGUACUCUGACCUUCCUGAUAAAUGGCGUAACAACCCGUUUGUUACCCAAGGUUAUAGGUUUAUACCCAUAGAGAGAUGGCCUCUCAUCAUAUUAUCCUUAUUUGCAUUCCAUAACGAAACACUUAACAUACAUACCCACCUGAUACCAUUCCUCAUUUUUGGGAUUAAUUCAAUACCACUUUUCGAUUCUGGAUUCAUCAAAGCACCGACGCCGGAGAAGAUUUUCAUGGCUUUUGUCCUAGUCUGCUUUUUCUGCAGCUCGGUGUGGCACACCAUGUCGGGAUGUGCUCAUCACGGAAGCAUGGAGUUUUGCGCCAAGGUAGAUUACAUCGGGAUUGGAUGGCUGAUUAGUGCAAGCGUUGCUUCGGUCGUGUACUACGGAUUCCAGUGUCAUCCCAGCAUCAACCAGAUCUUCUUGGCUUUAUGCUUAACAACGGGACUGGCCGGAAACAUCUUCCCUUUCAUGGAAUGGUUCAAUCGCCCCGAAAAUCGGAUUUGGCGCGUCCUUUUCUUUGUGUCACUCGCCCUUUCAUCCAUCGCACCACUAACAACGUACUCAAUGUUAUACUCACCCCUUGAGACAUUUUACUUUGUCUCUCCCGUCAUACCUUCGCUUUUGUCCUACGUUGUUGGACUGAUAUUUUACGUGAGCCAUGUGCCCGAACGCUUCCUCUCUGAUAAAUGGCGCCAGCGAUUAGACGCCUUCGGAGCAGGAUCCCAUUGCAUAUGGCACUGCUUCAUCGUUUUAGCCGUCAUCCUGCAUAGGUCCGCUAUACGUGAUAUGAAAGAUGAUGGCCUCGUAUGUACCGCAUAACGGAUGAUCUAUGAUACGAUGACCUCACGUUAGCAUUGCUUGUAUCUACAUAGGCAUUUGUGAGGACCUGCAUUCCCACCUUUGGAAUGAACGUGACAA